CUGUGUCAUGACGGAGAUUAGCUCGAGGUUACCGACGGAGCGAUGACAUGGUGGCGAAGAGACUAUCAGAUUACCUUGUAUAUAAUGUGGUCUAUAUAAAUGAGAAGCCUCGCACAUCUAGCUGACGCUGAUAAGGAGUACUUGUACUUAAAUAAUUGAAUUGUCAUUAUCAGCUAAGAGGUAAAAACCAAUAAGCUUUUCUUACCCGAAGCUCGUUGAAAUCCGCACCCCAUGUCACCACCGUCGAGGGAGCAGCUCUUGCAAACAGCCAAACUCUUCAUAGAGGCGUUCAACGAGUUCACGCCCGAAUCAGUCAUUCGAUACUGCAGUCCUACAUGCAGGCACAGAAUAGCCCCGGACACGCUGAAGUCCGCGCCGCAGAGCAACGCCGAGUACGCGGAGCUCAUCGCGACGAUGAAUACCGUGAUGCCGGCAAUCCACCUCCGGAUUGUGGACGAGGGAGAACCGAUUGUGGACGAAGUCACCCGCAAAGCCGUGCUGCAUUUGAAAUCGAGGUCCGAGACGGCUGUGGACUUAUAUGAGAAUGAGUAUGUUUGGAUCUUAACAAUGAGCGAAGAUGGUAAAUCUGUCGAUGACGUCUUGGAAUUCGUGGAUAGUCUGUAUACGAGCGAGGAAGUACCGAAGCUUAGGAAGGCGAUAGAGGAGAUGGCUAAGAAGUGAACGGUGAUAGUUGAAUAGGCUUGUGGAGUUGAACUUAUUCAAACCUUCCCCCCUUUUUUCUUUUUCUAGAGCCAUGCGGGCCGUAACGGGACAAGAUUACCCCCAUGGUCCGAUUAGCGACUUAGUUAACGAAUACCUAUGACGAAAUCUUCUAGACCACUUCAUACGAGCAUUGUUUACAUAGUAUACACGAGACAACCGCAUACUCGCUUUGUUAACGUUUGAAGUCAUGUAGCACUUAUUGAAUUUUGAAGGUUCUUAGUUGAGACUCAGCCACUGAUGAUUUCCAUCGUCACCUAGAUAUUACAAUCUACGUCAUGACUUACACUCUUACUCAAGCCACGUUAUCUUUCGGAAUUGAUGAACAACAUGCUUGCCUGGGUGAGAUGCUCAUGGGGGUUAGUGGACAUCGAGACUUCAAGAUAUGAGGUAGGUAAGAUCGAUGCAAUCUUUAUUGCAUACCCCAAUAUCGUUUAAAAUCUUAGAUGCGUGAAGUGUCGCUAUGAUGCCCUAUUGGUACGGUUAUGCAGAUGAGUAUAAGGCUUUCCUGAGAUGGUUGAUAAGCA